CUGUCGACUGUCACAAUCUCUAGCAAAAUGUCUCCAAAUUAUAGGUUAUCUCAACAAAUUAUCAAUUAAUUGUUAUCAUAACAGGUCAUCAAGUCAUUGGCUACGUUGCAGUAGUCCGCGGUUGAUUUUGUGGUAGCAUAAUACAAGUUACAAGGCUGUAUGGAUUCUUCCCUGUAAAUAGUUCAACCAAGAAUUAAUAUAUAUAUACUCCUAAGUUUAACAAUAUGGCCAAAAAUUCAACAGUGUCUUCCAAUAUCGGACUAUUCCUAAUUGUUUUGUCUGUGUAUGUAACGAUUUCCUAUUCAGUCUCUAUUAACAGUAUUCAUAACAGAUUUCGUCGAAAUGUCGGUGAUACAGUACAGGGACUUUAUAACGCAAGUGAUGAUGUGGAGGAACUUGUGGAAAGUAGCUUCAAUAAAAAUGUUUACAAAAGUGAUCGUGCAUGGUUCAUCGAAUUUUACAAUACUUGGUGUGGACACUGCCGAAAAUAUGCGCCAACUUACAAAGCAGUUGCUGAGUAUUUCAGAGAUUGUAAAGAUAUUUUAGUUAUAGCUGCAAUUGAUUGCUCGAAUGAAAUCAAUGAACCCACCUGCAGGUAUUUUGAAAUUAUGGGAUAUCCUUCCUUGCGAUAUUUUCAUGAGAAUUAUCUGGAAGACCCACUAAAUUUGGGACUGACUGUAAUCAAAGCAAAUGAUGAAAUAUCAAGUAACAUACAGUUAGUAAUAAACACUAUUAUUGCUGAACAGGACAAAGGGCGAGCCCAAAUGAUACCUAAAUUACAUCCAUACAACCAUAGCGAUGUAUCGAAAGUAUUUGAACUUGCAAGAUCAGAGGACAAAUUUGCAUUUUUAAUUAUUGAAAAUGUUGAUUUAAUUGGAGUCCAAACCAUUUUAACAUUUCAUAGGGUACCACAUAUUUUUAUAACAUAUGCCUUAAAAUCUAAUGAGGUAUUGAUUGAUUCCUUGGGUGUAUCAAAUAGUUUACCAACUGUAGUCAUCUUAAGCAGAGAUGGACGUGUUGUGAACAAAAACUUUACAAAUGCAGUAUCCUUAAAAGACGUUAUCAUCAAAUUCUUGAAAGGUGAAGGAAUUGAAGUAGAAAAAUAUGUAACAUACAAUAGUGAUAAUCAAGAUAAAUCACUGAAGGAAAAAGAUCUAAAGAAGAGUGAAGAAAAUGAAAUGAUUGACAAAGUAAGAAGAAUGGGUGAUGUUAUUUUCCAAAUGGAUUUAGAAACCGCACUGAGAUUUUCACUCAGGCAAGAAAUAUCUAGAACAAAGAUAAUUGAAGGUGACAAGCUUCAAGCCUUGAGGAGUUACGUGCAAGUAUUGGUUAAAUAUUUUCCAAUUAGUAAAAGUGGACACCAUUUCCUUUAUGAUUUAAGUUUGUUAGUAACUAAUAGUGAUUCUGUGAAAGGAACUGAUAUAUCUUCACUAGUAAAAGAGUCGGAAAAGGAGGGGAAGUUUAUUUGGUCCUCACCCAAACAAUGGCUUGGAUGUAAAGGUAGUACACCAGAAACACGAGGUUAUCCCUGUGGAGUUUGGACUAUGUUUCAUUUCCUAACAGUGAAUGCUGGUGAACAGAACAUCGGUAGGAGGAAUAUGGAUCCCAAAGAGGUUUUAAAUGCAAUGUAUGGUUACAUAAAGUAUUUCUUUGGCUGUGCAGAUUGCAGUCAACAUUUUCAGAAAAUGGCAUCAGAAAGAAAAAUUGAGCAAGUUUCCUCACUGAAUGAGGCUAUUAUGUGGUUAUGGGCAGCUCAUAAUGUUGUUAAUGCAAGAUUAGCUGGAGAUCCAACUGAAGAUCCCUUGUUUCCGAAAAAACAAUUCCCAACAGCAGAACAUUGUCCAGAAUGUAGAUAUCAAAAUGGUUCCUGGAACUUCUAUCAGGUUGAACAGUAUAUGAAACAUAUGUACUCUAGCAACAAUAUUCGGUACAUUGGAUCAGACAUGAAGGUGAUCCAUUCAGAUGAUGGAGCAUCCAAUUUCCAUUCCAAUGGUAUAUUGGGCCCUGUCGAUAGCAAAAUCUCAAAUAACAUAUUUCUUAAGUGGAUAUGAUUCAGAAAACGACAUAGGAAGACGCUGAAUUUGACAUUCCAUUCGUUGUGAUUUAUUUAUAUUGUGACUGAAAAAUACAGAUAAUUAUUUACAUUGUUUCUGAUUGACUGUUAUCUGUUAGUUAUAUUGUCUUGAAUUUUAUAUUUUAAUAUACUAAUUCAUCAUA